CUGAUACGUAACCCCAAACACUGUCAGGUACUAUUGGAUGAAGUGGAUAAAUUCUGUGAGUGGACGGAUGGAUUGAGGACAAAACCCAGUAAAUGUCACUGUCUGUGUCUUGGUAGGCGGAAUACAAGAUACACCUCAUACGAUCCGGGACUAUCGUUAGGCGGUCAAUGCAUUUCUACGGUUACGGAAAAUGCACCAUUUAAAUUUCUCGGUCGUAAGAUAGAUAAUAUAGGCCGUACUCCAUCUUUAGAAGGAAUAGUAGAUAGCUUUUUGAACGAUCUUAACAAGUUAGAUGCAGGCGUCAUAAAGAUGUGGAAGUUGUGGCUCGGGCUCGCUCUAACGGCUGAUUCAUCGGCGUUAUUUAGGGGAAGCAAUAGUUUUGGGAUGAGUCUAAAAAGGCCAUCGGAGCUCUAUAAACACCUAAGAGUUUCCAAGAGAUAUAUCCUGGGGAAAUCCCAUGAUGACAUAGUGACAUCGCUCCCAAAAGAUGAAGAUGCCCCCGAGCUAGAGUCACGACUUCAAUUCCAUAAGCAAUUUAUGAUAGGAGCGCAAAGUAACAGAGCGGGGUUAGGAUCAAAUAGGAAAGUCCAAGAUGCGGAUAUAUUGAAGUCUUUUAUUCGGCAAGACGAGAAUGAUAAAUAUAAGAUCCAUGCAAUGAAUUUAGAAAUGCAGAACGAGUGGUUAGACAUAGGAGAUUUUUGCAUCCCAUUAGCAUUAAAAUGGCGCACUUUAAUUUAUGAUUGGUCGCCAGCAUUGCUAAAAUUCUAUCUCAAUGCGUUCCAGAUGACUCUCCCAGAUCAGACUAAUUUAGUAAGAUGGGGUAAAAGUACCGAAAAAACUUGCUAUAUCUGUGGAAAGGCAGUUGGAACCGCUAAGCAUCUGCUGGUGGGAUGUAAGGUACUCCUUGACAGCGGUCAAUACUCGCGUCGUCACGAUAGGGUUCUAGAAGUCAUACGUGAAGCGGCUAGUCUUUCGGUAGCCAGAGCGCAAAAGGGAAUGACCACAAACGAACGAUCAGUAGGUUUUGUGAGAGAAGGCUCCGGGGCUACAAAAUCAAACGUCAAGCCUUACUCCAUCCUUAAAGCGGCGUCGGAUUGGACUAUAAUGAUGGACACGUAUGAAAAACAAUAUAAAAUCCCCGAGGAUAUUUGUGCGUCGGCCUCCAGACCGGAUAUAUUUUUGUUUUCGCGAAUUUUAAAGCGCGUAGUGAUGAUAGAGCUUACGGUCCCUUGGGAAACCAACAUCCCCAAAGACCAUACCAUCAAGGUCAACAAAUAUUACGAGCUCACAAACGAACUCACUCGAAAUAGGUUCGUGGUAGAUUUGUACGCGGUAGAGGUGGGAGCGAGAGGUAUAACAGCGAAAUCUCUCUAUAACCUACUAAAGGACUUGGGCUUGUCCAGAACUCACAUUAAUGCAUUCUUGGAACGUACAUCGAAGGCAGCCCUAGUAGGUUCUUUUCAAAUUUGGUUAGGUAGGGAGAGGAGCUUGGACAGUGGAGGUGAGCGUAUAACGCGCGUUAGUUAA